CCACCAGGCCAGCACACUUGCGACAAAAAGUGACGAUAAAUAAGAUUCAUUUCUCACUCGUCGGAGGGAAAGAGAGAGACAGCCCCGAGCCGAACUCCAUUUGAAUAAAUAAAACAAUUCGUAAGAGUUCUGAAUAGCCCGUGGCCUCCUUUGUUUCUUGGGGGUAAACCAGUCAUAAAGAUUAGAAUAUUGUCAGCAUGGUGCUGCUCAGUCUGGCAAAUACAAGCCGAAUUCAAGUAUGACGCCUGCAAGUGAAGCAGCGCUCCUACAACGUGAUCUUCGAAGUGCGUACGUUGAGCGAGUAGACAGAUGGUGCGGUAUGCUCAGACUGCAGCUGCUCCGGUUCCUGAACCCAGACUCAAGAAGUUCCAGGUUUACCGCUGGGACCCCGACAUGGCCGGAGACAAACCACGAAUGCAGACAUAUGAAAUUGAUCUAAACACCUGUGGUCCAAUGGUUCUGGAUGCACUCAUUAAGAUCAAGAACGAAAUAGACCCCACGCUCACAUUCAGACGCUCCUGCCGUGAGGGUAUCUGCGGCUCGUGUGCCAUGAAUAUCAAUGGAGGCAACACACUGGCAUGCCUUAAUAAAAUUGACACAAACACAAGCAAACCAACCAAAAUCUACCCACUCCCACACAUGUAUGUGGUCAAAGAUCUGGUGCCAGAUAUGAGCAACUUCUAUGCACAGUACAAAUCCAUUGAGCCCUACCUGAAAAAGAAGGAUGAAACUCAAGAAGGGAAGGAGCAGUAUUUCCAGUCAGUGGAGGACAGGCAAAAACUGGACGGCCUGUAUGAGUGCAUCCUCUGCGCUUGCUGCAGCACCAGCUGUCCCAGCUACUGGUGGAAUGGAGACAAAUACCUGGGACCUGCUGUCCUGAUGCAGGCAUAUCGGUGGAUGAUUGACUCCCGUGAUGAAUUCACUGAGGAGCGUCUGUCCAAGCUUCAGGACCCCUUCUCUCUCUACCGCUGCCACACUAUCAUGAACUGCACUAAGACAUGCCCCAAGGGACUCAACCCAGGAAAGGCCAUUGCAGAGAUCAAGAAAAUGAUGGCGACUUACAAAGAGAAGAAAGCAGCAGCUUCAUGAACGCCUGAAAAUCCAGCUUGCUCAAGACCCACAAGGAAUACCUCAGGAUACGAGAAGAGGAAGAGAAGAGCAAACCAGGAUGUUCUGACUGCAUCGGCACCUUUUAUGAUUUUCAUGAGUGUGUGAGAUGUGAGUGUGUGGAUGUGGAUGUGAGUGAGUAUGACUGUACUAGGGAGCAGAAAACAGGAAAGUGUGAGAAAAAGGUGAUGGAAAGAGCUCUCAAGCUAAACAUUUAGAGUGAUGCAACAGGUUGGACCACAUUUCUGUUAUUUGUGUGCAUAGUGAAAAAAUAAAAUAGACUCUGCUGUAAUUACUCACGAAAACUGUAUUCAGACUGUAAAUAUUUAAAUAUUUGUUAAUAAGGUUGUGCUGAGCUUAUUAUGGAAGUCAAACAUAUGAUUUUGGAUGAGGGAAGAACACAAUACCCUUUUGUGAAUUGCCAUAGCAACUUAGAUUACAAUAAACAAUACUGAAGGAUAUAACGAGGCAUUUUUGUUUGCCAAAAAGGCUCCAAGUGAAAAUAAAUGGCUCACUACAA